GCUAUCUGUAUAAAAUUUGACAUGUUAUUAUACUAUGUUAAUAAUUUUUGUUAACUUAGAACAUUUUUGAACUCAACUGACAAGAACAAAACAGAUAAUAUGACAAAUAAAUUAGAUUCAGCAAACUCAGAUUUAUUUCUUGAACAACUCACUUUAGGAUUAUUGGGUGUUCUUGAAAAUACAGCAGGAGUCAACAAUUUGAAUGUAACUCACAGUUUACCAUGUGAUAACAAUAAAAUUAGUUCUUGGGAACAAUAUAAUGGCUGUUCACUUCCUGAUGAUUUACGACACUUCUAUGCGUCAUGUGAUGGUUUUAAACUUACUUGGUCCUAUAAAUUAGAUGGUAUUCUAUCUGAUAGAAGUUCUAAUGCAAAUUUGUCAAUCGGAAACAUAACAAUAAACCCAUUAAGCGCGUUAACACGUUUAUGUGAUAUUAAGUCAGAUUGCGUUAGUAUGAGUGUUAUACACGAUUUGCAAAUUCUAGACAGAUUAUCAGACGAAAAUUCUCCUAAAUUUACUGAUAAUACAAAAAUGUUUGAGUUAGACUCCAGUUUAGAUAUAGGUCAUAUAUGUUUAGUGUACUUUGAUGAAACCAAUGCGCAACCUACUGCUAACCAAGAAAUUUUUAACUUGCAUGAAGAGCCAAGUGGUGCCUCUAUUUGGUUGUUGGAUACCUCUUAUUGUUGGCAUUUCUUGGCUCCAAAUUUUAGUAAUUAUUUUAGAAAAGCAUUGGUUCAUAUGGGAUUAUUACAUUGGCAAUUGAAAUUCACUGAAAUUGGUUUGACACCAAUUGGAGAAUUUUUCAUGAAUUUAGUUGCUCCACAUUUAAAUGUUACUGAACGAGUUCAAGCAAUUAGCCAGUUUGAUCAUGAUGAUUCUUAUUCAGCUAAUAAUACACACAUUAAUCAUUUCGAUCCGAAUAUUUUAAAAAACACUUUUAAAACAGUUAAAAGCAAAAAAUCUACUACGCAGUCUAAGAGUAAUGCUUAAAUUUUUAAUAAUAAAUUAUUGAAGUAAAAUCGUUUUUUUAAUAUUAAGUAUUAAUAAUUUUAGUAAAUAAUUAAAGAUUCGAUGAGAAUUACUGUAAAGUUAAA